AGUUGUCUGCUUCCGGAGCAGCCGAGCCGGGCGGGUCAGCAAAGAUGGCGGCUCCCGGGGGGCCGUGAGCGCAGGGGACGUUUCACCGCGACUUCUGCCCGGCCACGAUGGCGCUGAGGAGCCGGGGGCUGCUGCUGGGGGCUGCGGCCGGGAAACUCCAGGGAGCCGGAAAAGGGCUUCGUUUCAUAUCUGCUGUAGCCAGCUUCAGAAUCACUGAGGGUGAAGUGGACACAAAGGAAAAUGAGAUUGUUGCCCCAGAUUUCAUCAACCGAAAUCCUCGUAACUUGGAGCUGCUGGCACUAGCAAGGAAGGAACGAGGCUGGGAAACAACAUGGCCCAAGAGAGAGUAUUGGCAUAGACUACGGCUUGAGCGGACACAGCACCAUGUGGAGGCCUUUGUUGAGCAUUGCAGUGGGAAUGUCGUUGUCUCAGCCUCCACCCGUGAGUGGGCCAUAAAGAGACAUCUGUACAGUCCCAGGGGAGUGGCGGCAUGUGAAAAUAUUGGGCGUGUGGUGGCACAACGCUGUCUGGAAGCAGGAAUCAACUUUGUGACCUUUAAAGCUGUUAUCCCGUGGGAAUAUCGCUGUGAUUCGAUCCAGCGAUUCCAAAAGGCUGUGACAGAUGGUGGUGUCGUCGUGGGCGAGCCUCGAAGAAUCUAUCAAUAAAAUGAAGACUGGGCGAAAUUUCUUAUAAAGGACUGUCAAACAACUGCUCUCCUACAGGAGUAGGCAAAGAAGCAAUUCAGGCCCAGAGCUGGGACAAUGUGGAGCAUAGCAUCUUAUUAUAAUAAAUAAGUGAUGCUGAUUUUUUUCUUUUUGUUGACUUCAACUCUAA